AUGUUGACUAAUGAAGAAAUAACAGAGAUACAGAUUGUUUGUGCAAAUAAUCUCACGGGAGAAUAUUCGCUUCUAGAUCCUUCAACCUUCGAUCUUCCUUCUCUCUCUUCCUCGAUUCCUGUAAAACAGAUUGGAGGUGUGAACCAGGCGGCCGGAGCCGUGUGUGGUGGCCGGAGCCGUGUGGAGAAAAUAUGGAGAGUGGAGAGGGAGAAAGAGAGAGUUUCGGGAGCCUCGGGGCUAGGGUUUCGUAGAGAAUAUGCUGAGUUUAUUCUCUACCCAAAUUCGUAG